CCCUGCUUUUGGCGCGGUCUUGUCAGCGGUGCCGGCCAUCUUGGAACCACUUUGCCAGGCGAAUGUGUGAGGCUUUGUAUGGUCAUAGAGACGUCGUAUCGUUGAUAGAGGACACCAUCUGUUUUUCCUUGUUACUCACGACAACAGCCGAUACGCUUGUUUUUCUAUUUGCGCGCUGAGCGGCGGAGCGAACUGCGGAUUAUCGAAAGAACCGUCAUGGCGACUGCUACCCCAAGCCGCGAAGCUGGCCGGCCGGCGGCCUCCACGCCUCUGUCCCCGACCCGCAUCUCUCGCCUGCAAGAGAAACAAGAUCUGCAGCACCUGAACGACCGACUGGCCGUGUACAUCGACCGCGUCCGGUCCCUGGAGCUGGAGAACGACCGGUUGAUGGUCAAAGUGUCCGCGAAAGAGGAGGUGACCACAAGAGAGGUGACCGGCCUGAAGGCUCUGUAUGAGGCGGAGUUAGCUGAUGCUCGACGUGUUCUGGAUGAAACAGCUAAAGAGAGAGCCAGGCUCCAGAUAGACCUUGGCAAGGCUCAGGCUGAUCUGGAUGAAGCCACACGCAGUGGCAAGAAGAAGGAUGCUGAUCUCGCGGCAGCGCUGUCCAGGGCCGCUGGUUUGGAAGGCCAGCUGAACAAGAGCGAGGCUGCUCUUUCUACAGCUCUAAGCCAGAAUGCAGCUUUGACUUCUGAGCUGGCUGAUGUCAAGAGCCAGUUGGCUAAGGCAGAAGACAGCCAUGCCGUUGCUAAGCGGCAGCUGGAGGCAGAGACACUGAUGCGCGUUGACUCUGAGAAUCGCAGCCAAUCACUGAGUGAAGAGCUGGAGUUCAGGAAGAGCAUGUUUGAAGAGGAGGUGCGUGAGUCGCGGCGUCAUCAGGAGCAGAGGAUCGUGGAAGUGGAUUCUGGAGUGAGACAGGACUAUGAGUUCAAACUGGCUCAAGCUCUACAGGACCUGAGGAGGCAACAUGACGAACAAGUUUCUCUCUACAAGGAAGAACUUGAGCUAACCUUCCAGGCCAAGUUGGACAACGCCAAGGUGUCCUCCGAGAUGAAUGACAACGCAGUGAGCUCGGCCAGGGAGGAGGUGCAGGAGUCCCGUAUGAGGAUCGAGAGCCUGGGAUAUCAACUGAACGCCAUGCAGAAACAGGUGUCUGCCUCGGAGGAUCGCAUCAGGGAGCUGGAGGAGAUUCUGUCAGCAGAGCGCGACAAGCACCGCCACGCCAUUGAAGGAAGAGAUCAGGAGAUGAGUGAGCUGAGAGAGAGGAUGAACGCUCAGCUCAGUGAAUACCAGGAGCUGUUGGACGUGAAGCUGGCCCUGGAUAUGGAGAUCAAUGCCUACAGGAAGCUGUUGGAGGGAGAGGAGCACAGACUGAAGCUGUCCCCCAGCCCAUCGGCCCGAGUCACAGUUUCCAGGAUAACAGGAUCUUCGUCCUCCCGCUCGUCCAAGAGGAAGAGAGCGGAGGCCAGGGAUGUUCCCGAGGUGGGGAGAGGGGAGGAGCAGCUGCUGGUGUCGGAGGAGGCGACGGCCAGUGGAGCCGUCACCAUAUCCCCCACGGACAUGGAUGGAAACGCAGUCACACUGACUAAUGACACUGAGCAGGACCAGCCUUUGGGAAGCUGGAGGUUGAAGAGACAGGUUGAUGACGGGGAAGAAAUAAUCUACAAGUUCUCGCCAAAGUUUGUCCUCAAGGCUGGACAGUCGGUCACGGUUUGGUCUGCUGACGCGGGCAUGGCCCACAGUCCACCGACUGACCUGCUGUGGAAGAGCCAGGCUUCCUGGGGCACAGGAAAUGACAUGAUCACUUCUUUGAUCAACACUGACGGCGAGGAGGUGGCCAUGAGGAGUGUGACCAAGACUCAGGUGGAGGUGGAGAACGGAGACGACGAGGACGAGGACGAGGAGGUGGCACAAACGGGCAAGGCGUCGUCCAGAGAGUGUUCCAUCAUGUGAGGCCUCCUGCUCGGAGAUGGUCCAUUAGGUCUUUUUAUUGUCCGAGACAAUGUAAGAACCUUUUGGACUAAUGGGCUCUUUUUUCUUUUCUUUUUACUGUUCCCCACAUGUCUGGGCUUUAAUACCAGUCCUUCCCUCAAAGUUCUUUAACAAGGCAUCAUGUGUGCACCACGUGUGCAUCAAGUUUAGAUGAUGAUCACAGCUGAUUCAUUUUAUUCUUCCAUAGCAAACAUUUAAUUUCACCUGUCGCGGCAACAUUACAGUCGUGACGACGAGGACCUCCUCUCUGUAGCCAUAAUGAUGUGAUGAAGUGUGAAUGUGUGAUGAGCAGUUCUUCAUUAGAUUUUGGAAAACUGUUUUUUUUCCCCUCCAAAUUCAAAGAGGUCUUAGAUUGUUUCCCACCUAUAACAUAAACAUUGGCCCUUUGCACAUCUUCCUUCGAAGAUGAACACAAUUGCAGUUGUUAAUUCUGAUUCGUUGAAAUUCUUUCUUUUGUGAUUGUGCUGAAAGCAGAAUGUGCAGCUCCACGGCUGCCGUGUGUUGAUGACCACCAUGAAUAUAGAACUCAAACCCUCAUCUGAAUACAAGUAGAAGCACACAUUUGAAAAGUUAAUGAAAAGGUUUGGAGCCACAUGUGAACCGUUGCUCUGAGCUGCAGCGAACAGAAACACUCCUGUGUAGUUUCAUUAAGAACAGCACCAUGGGCAUUUCACGCAAUUCUGACACUGGGAUGAAAACAUGUGAAGACCUGUAACAAAUGUGACGUUAACAAAAUCCCCAGCAGUGAAAGGGGAAUGUUGACCUGUGCUUACAGCUCAUCGGGUGUUGUCAGUCGUGUGUCUGUCACCUGUCAAUCAACAGACCACCACCAGGAAGAGAGUGGCAUGUUUGUGGCCAUGUUACUCAAAUCUCCCAUGUUCAGGUUUUUCUCAGACAGUCACCAGCUCAGGACAUGUCAAGUGUCACAUGUCCUGUGCUGAGCUGCUCUUAAAAUAGGGAGUUGCCAUAAAGUAGCCGGAGUUUCAGCUGGUGACUUUUCUGAACUAAUACCAGUUGUGUGACAAUGUUAAACUGACCUCACGUUGCCUCCAUCCUUUAAAGUACGCAAGGUGAAGAGCGGAAGCAGCUCUGGUAUCACCGGGUCUGAGGUGAUACCAUCUGUGUGUCGCUCUCACACCUCGUGUGCCAUCUUAGGAAACUCAGUUUUUUUUUUAUAGCGUGUGUUUGUAUGCCGUGCUUUACAUUGGUAGUUAUUUUUCUAUAGCUUUAUUGUCUUAUGUAAUCAUUUUUAUUUACAUGAAAUCUUUCAUUUAUUAUUUUGUAUUUAGAACUUUCUGGGGUGACGAUGGGACAGGCGGUCGUGUCCUAAACUGAUACUCUGGUAUAUUUCAGGAUUUUGAUAAAAACAUUAGUGAAUGUUCAGUCUUCACUGAACAUAUGAAAAAGGAGCAAUGACUUCCGGUCUAAUAACUGAUUAGAGAUCAACUUUACAUCUACGUGAGUCCAUCAGUGUUUGACUGGGACCCUGAAUUUAAUACUGAUCUGAUUUUUAAUUUCACUACAAAACAGUGACGCUGUAAGAUUUUUAAUAUAUAGGCUGACAAUUCAGUCCCUCCAGGAACCCUCCGCCUUUCAGUUCAACUUCCAGAAUACAUGAAAUUCAACCAAUCCCUGCAAUAUUUGCAGGAGAUGAUUAUUUUUUGAUUACUAAAGCUUUUUCACAGAGACUGGUGAAACUGCCGGUGAAACUUCACUGUAUUAAAAAAAAAAAGGAAAAACUUUAAUAUAGACCUUUUUUCACAAGCCAAAGUCAAACAAUGAGGUUUGAAUGUCAAAGACUUCCUGUAUCGACGUGGAGGGUCAUUUUUUUCUUUUUGGUACGCUGCUGUUGCGUAUCAGUACGCAUGAUUGUCAGGUUAUGUUUCAACAGUGAUGCAUUUUGCAGCUGAUUUGCAAACAUUUAACUAGUAUUGAUAUAUAAUAUUGAACAGCUCAGAUCCUGGAGGGACUGGGAUGUCUUGUCUGUGACUAGUUCCACUCCAGUGUAUGUAGAUGUGACGGGGGGGGCAUGCUAUAUGUCAGGUUUCGUUCAUGAUUAACUGUCAAACUACUUUUUGUACACACAAUAAAUGUUUUACAUAUACA